UCUCGUUCCUCAUUUGUUCGUUUCUCAAAACUAGUGGCAAAUAUGGUUCUGCAUUUAUGCUUUUUCUAGCAAUCCUUAACAAUGCAAGCGGCUCUCAAGUAGCAGCAGAAGCCAAUCCCUGUGAGCUGUGGCUACUGACCACUGGCUGGUCAAUGGAGAGCAGCAGCAAGCCACAACCCACUAUGCUUUUUCUGAUAAGCACGACUGUUCAACCUUUUGUCGGCUGACGAUUUGGUCCAACCAUAUGCUUGAUGUUUUCCUGACUAACACGCACGGUGGAGUCCUGAUCGAUUUGCGUGGAAGUUAGUGAAUCCACAGAGAUGAUGCCUUCGAGAGUAGGGAACUGGGUUACUAAUCUGAAGGGGAUUGAUACCUGUUCUUAUUCCCCCGGCAGUAAAGAAUGGAUGAGGUUUCCAGCUAAAGUCUUCAGUCAGGUCUAUUAGUAAGAUGCUGAGUGUUCCUUUGUCCAAGUCUUCCCAAGUCUUCCAUGGAUAGAUUACCGCUCGUUGUCAUUAGAUAUUUUCUGCCAACUUGCCAAGUGACCUUCUCGCAAGGCCAGGGACAGAGAAUAUCCUCUGCUUCAACUCUUGGUACACAUUUGCCGUCGUGAUCUGUGAACACUUUGGCUGCUUCCUUCUUCCAUGCUUCAACUCUUGAUGUUUCAUGUUUCGUUGGCUGUAAUCUCGUCCUGUCCAAUACUUCAAUGUCUACUUGCUUGUCCAGUACUCCAGUAGAGGCCUCUUUGUCAUUGCUAUCGUUCUUUCUAUGCUGUCCCUACUUCUGUAAACUAUAUAUCUGUUCCUAUCAAAAACUUAGCUUUAAUCUUCCAUUGACUAAUAAAGUACGACCUACUUGUCAUUCAGUACAACCAUAUAGUAGUAGUGCAGAAGAUCAGUAUAUUUGAAGUUUUCCUUACGGAAGUCGAAGAAACAAGUACUGUGCAUUUUAACCUUGAUCUGCCAGAAAAUAACGGGCACAAAAGGGUUGACAAUCAAAGCAAGAGCAGGAAUCGCAGCAGCUCUUCUUCUGUUCCUGAUGAUGAUGGGCGCCGCCAUUUUCGUCAUACUACACAAGCGAAGGAAGAAGAAACGAUCCGCCUCACUGGACGGCCUCAUCCGUGACGGCACGCCGCUAGCGUCUCUUAGGAAAGAAUUCAGCAUGACCGGCUCGCCGCGCACGCACAUCUUCAGCUACGAGGAGCUCGACGAGGCGACCGACGGGUUCAGCGAAGCCCGCGAGCUCGGCGUCGGCGGCUUCGGGACAGUCUACAAAGGCAUUCUGAGCGACGGCAGCGUGGUGGCGGUGAAGCUGCAGUACAAUAACAGCUACAAGGGCGUGGAGCAGUUCCUGAACGAGGUGGACAUCCUGUCGCGGCUGCGCCACCCCAACCUGGUCACGCUCUACGGCUGCACCUCGCAGCAGAGCAGCCGGGACCGCGACCUCCUCCUCGUCUACGAGUUCGUCCCCAACGGCACGCUCGCCGACCACCUCCACGGCGCGCGCGCCGGCGCCGGACCGGCCACGGGGUCCUCGCCGCCGCCGCCGCUGCUCCCGUGGCCCACGCGGCUCGGCAUCGCCGUCGAGACGGCGAGCGCGCUGGACUACCUCCACGCCGUGGAGCCGCGGCAGGUGGUGCACCGCGACGUCAAGACCAACAACAUCCUCCAGGACGAAGGGUUCCACGUGAAGGUCGCCGACUUCGGGCUGUCCCGGCUGUUCCCCGCCGACGCCACGCACGUGUCCACCGCGCCGCAGGGCACGCCGGGGUACCUCGACCCCAUGUACCACCAGCGGUACCAGCUCACCGACAAGAGCGACGUGUACAGCUUCGGCGUGGUGCUGGUGGAGCUCAUCUCGUCCAAGCCGGCGGUGGACAUGAACCGCACCGGCGCAGACGUGAACCUGGCCAACAUGGCCGUGCUCAUGAUCCAGGACCACGGGAUCGACCGGCUGGUGGACCCGCGGCUCGGGUACGCGACGGACGGAUGGACGGUCGACGUCGUGGCCGAGAUGGCGUUCCGGUGCCUGCAGCCGGAGCAGGACGUGAGGCCGCCGAUUAGGGAGGUGCUGGACGCGCUGAGAGAGUUGCAGAGGAUGGAGCAGGCUGAGGAUGACGUGGGACUGCUGAUGAAGAAGAGCAGGGACGGGUCGCCGGACACCGUCAUGUACCCGUGGACAAGCCCGUCCACGACGGCCCAUAACAGCAGUUGAGGCUUAUUCAGAGAAAUGUUUCCUUUUCUUUCAGUGACCUGUGUGCACACUCUUCUAUUAAACAUGGGCCAUGAGCUAGAUUGAUAGGUACGGUUGCUCAGAUUGUUGGUAUGGAUGAUCGGAGGAUUCCUCUGACCCUCUGCACUAAUGCAACUGAAGAUGCUUUAAGUGAUUUGCAUUCUGUUUC